AUGAAAUACUCGACAUUUUUCGCCGCGCACUUGGUGUCGUCGGCAGUUGCGAUUAGAUUGUCUCCGCGAGAAAAUCCUAGAGUGAUUGGUCUCGAUAUCCAGCGCAAAAGCAAUGUCGAUCCCAUCGCACACGACCGGAUGCGCAAGCGAGCACCGGUUCAACAGACGCUCGACAACCUCGACACGCUCUACUUUGCAAACGCAAGUUUAGGCACACCACAACAAAGCCUGCGCCUACAUAUCGAUACCGGCAGCAGCGAUCUGUGGGUCAACACACCGACCUCCACAUUAUGCUCGCAGCGCGGCGAUCAAUGCAGCGAUUCGGGGACAUACAACGCGAAUGACUCGUCAACAUAUUCAUACGUGAACGGCGAGUUCAACAUUUCUUACGUCGAUGGCUCAGGCGCCAGUGGAGAUUAUGUUACCGACACAUUUCACUUUGGUGGCCAGGCCAUCAAAGACUUCCAGUUCGGCGUUGGGUACACGUCGUCUUCGUCGGAGGCCGUUCUGGGAAUUGGAUACGCAAUCAAUGAGGUGGCCGUCAACCGAGGAGGACUCGACCCAUACCCCAAUCUACCACAAAAACUGGCCAACGAUAGUACCAUCAAUUCUGUCGCAUAUUCCCUGUGGCUAAACGACCUGGACGCUUCAACUGGAAACAUAUUGUUUGGUGGCGUCGAUACCGACAAGUAUCAUGGCUCGCUCCACACACUGCCAAUCAUCCAGGAGCAAGGCGUCUACGCCGAGUUCCUUGUCAACCUGAACAGCCUGAGCAUGAACAACGCCUCGCACAACCUUUCCCUCAUCUCAAACCAGAACCUGCCUGUCCUCCUCGACUCCGGUACCUCUCUCACCUACCUCCCGAGCAGCAUCGUAUCCACUCUCUACACCAAAUACAGCGCGCAAUACGACUCCAGCCAAGGCACCGCGUUCGUCGACUGCGACGUCGCCAACCUAAACGACCACCUCGUCUUCACUUUCGCAGGAGCAAACAUCACCGUCCCCAUGAACGAGCUCGUCGUCGUCGGCGCCGUGUCCCGCGGCCAACCCGUCUGCAUCCUCGGCAUCGCCCCCUCGGGCAACUCGGUCGCCAUCCUCGGCGACACCUUCCUGCGCUCCGCAUACGUCGUCUACGACCUCGACAACAACCAGAUCUCCCUCGCCCAGACAAACUUCAACGCCACCACCUCCAACAUCCAGGAGAUCCAGGCAGGUACAUCCGGUGUGCCCAACGCCUCGGGUGUCGCCGAUACGGCCUCCACCAGCGCUGGAGCAACAGCCGCCACAUCGCGCGGAGCCGCCGCCGCAGCCAUGACUGCGAACCCAUGGAUAGGCGGGGCUGCGCUCGCGGGCGCGGGUCUGCUGAUGGGCUUCAACGGGUUAUAA